CCCCCAAUUUCUUUACCCAAAGCCCAUUUGAGAUAAUGGAGCCUAAUCAGUUCUCUGUUUACUGUGAAGGGAAAGGGGAGAAUGGGAGCAUAGAUUUGGGGCUGAGCCUGAGAACGCUGCAGCCAGAGGUGGUGGGAUCAAUAGAAGGGUAUGGGGAGGAGGAUGAGCAUGGGAUCAACUGGGGGGCGGCGGAUCAUACGGCGGCGGAUCUGUACAUGAACAUCAACAUGAACAUGAAACAUAAUAAUAAUGGAGUAGUAGUAGUAGAACAGGAUUACUACUGUUGUGAGGAGGAGGAGGAGGAGGCAGAGGAGGUGGUGCAGAGCAAACACCAGCGCUGGGCUUAUGUCAAAGUCAAUAUGGAUGGUGUCAUUGUUGGUAGAAAAGUUUGCAUCUUUCAACAUGGCUCCUAUUCCAGCCUCGCGCUUCAGCUCGAAGACAUGUUUGGAUCAGGUCGACAAUGUGAAUCUGGAUUGAAAUUGUUUGAGAAUGAAUCUGAAUUCUCACUAUUUUACAAAGAUGGAGACGAAAAUUGGAGGAGUGUCGGUGACGUACCGUGGAAGCAAUUCGUGGAGGAUGUAAAGAGGCUGAGAAUUGCUCGGAAAGAUGAGGGUUUUGUUGCCAUUCAUCAAAAUUAACUUAAAUUUCUUAAUGGAAUUAUAUUUUGUGUUACGUUGGAAGCUUUGGAUAAAUUAUCUAAUUUUAAGGAACCUUUUAUAACAAAAUCUUCCAAUUAUUUGUUUUUAUAUUAUAUACUUUUAUCUCUCAUUCCUCGAUUUGAUGAUUUAUGUUCAACGGGUAACCUAAAUAUUAAACGGUGUGCUAAGAAAAUGUAUUAUUCAGUCAUAAAUUUAGUGCUAGACUCGAUAUCAUUAGCUUAAUAUAGUAUAUACGUACGAUGCCACAUAAUGACGUGUUUCUCUCCGUCAAUUUGAACUUAGCUUAACAACCAUAUGUCUUCGAUUAACAGGUCGGAGAUUUUAGUCUUUCACUCCCAUUA